AUGUCCGUUGAGAUCUGGCCUCCCAUCUCGCCGGCCGAGCUUAAAAUCGAGGAAGACGCCACUCAGGCCCGCGAACUAUCCUGGCUCCUCACCUCCCUGUGCGCCACCCUCGCCCAAAUCAAGCGCGGCCUCGAGGACUGCUGCGCGCUCCUCGCCCCCGCCGACUCGGCCGGGAGCACGCUGGCCCUCACGACGCCGCGCCACGAGACCGUCAAGGGCCACACGACGCGCGUCGGCGCCCGCCUCGUCCGCGGCCUGGUGCACCUGCGCCUGCGCACGCUCCCGCCCCAGACCCUGACCCUCGACUCCUCCCGCCCCAUCCGCGUCCCCGCCCUCGUCCGCCUCGACGCCCUCCUCUCCCGCUCCCUCGAGAUGUGCCGGGAACUCGAAGAGCACGAGCACGAGCACGAGAACCAGAAGAAGGAGGAGACGAAACGGACCGCGCCCCCGCCGCUUUCGGCGCCGCAUCUCGCGUCGCGGCUACGUCUGCUGGCGCUGCACAUCGCCGAAGCAGCGGCCCUCGUCAAGGGCCCACCUCAUCACGAUCAACUGCCCGCGCGUCCAUCGACUAGCGCUUCGACGGCUAGCAGCAGCAGCCACCAGCACCAGCACCAGCACCAGCCCGACCACCAGCACCAGCAGAAACUCCCCCUCGACACAUCCUGGACGACGAGCUCCGUACCCCUAGCCCACUUCUGCCCCCCGCUCAGCCGCAACCUGUCCCUGUACGUGACCGUCCAGGACGCCUGCCUGGUGCUGUACCUGCGCGCCCUGGAGCCCGCCGACGCCCCCGUCAACUUCGGCACGAAGCUCGCGCUCGCCAUCGGCACCACCCGGCGUCUGGAGCACGACGAGGCCGACAAGGUGUUUCUGUACCGGUGCGGCGACGAGUCGCGGAUCGACAGCGGAGCGUCUCCCGACCACCACCACCUUCAUCUCCAUCUUCAUAAUACCAGUAGUAGUCGUAGUAGUAGUGGUAAUAAUAGUAAUAAUGAUAAUAGUACUGGCGAUGGUAAUAACGAAGGAGGGGAUAAGAGGAAAGAAGUCGAGGUCUACGUCCGCGAAAAGGUGCGCGUCGAGAGCGCGGAUCCCAGCUUGCUCUCGCUGUCCGCCAAACUGAGCGCCUUGAGUAAUACGUUAGGGUUGGCCAGGCGCAAUUUAGCGGCGGUGAUGGGGCAGGGUUUGGAAGAGUGAAGCUUGCGCGAAGGGAGUCGCAGUGAUACCAAAUUGCUAACCUAAUUGCUUCUUGCUACAUGUAGUGUUGGUUGAAUUAAAUACGUCAUGGGAAUAGCGAUUGGAGUUACGGGAUGAUAAGAGGUAGUGAUAAUUAAAGCCGGCAUUAGCUGGGGAUGUUUUACGAAUCAUCACAAAAAAAAAAAAAAAAAAAAAAAAAAAAUCAUGAUAAACACUUGAAAACUCAGUUCCGGUUCGAGUUCGGUUAUGACUUUCCCUUCAAAAAAAGAAUCCCGA